UCCUCAGUGUGAGGAGGAUGUUGGUGAACUGGAGAUGUUCAGCAGAGAUGAACUGGGCUGGGACAUGUGCCGUGUGAGGAGAGGCUGAGAGUCCGGACCUCGUUCAGGCUGGAGAAGACAUGGCUUCUGCUGGACCUGUGGAGGAGCUGUGAGAAGUACCUGAGCCAGCACCUAGGAGAAGGUUGUCAGGAAGAUAAAACUAGGCCUGUCACAGAGGGGCACGGUGGCACAAUGAGAGAUAAUGGGCUGUGUGCGUGUUGGAACAAGGAAGCUCAGAGUUUCCAAAGCAGCAACAGAAGUAAUCUUAAAUGUCCCUGAAACUAGGGUGAGUCCUUUGGAAAAUGGCUUGCAAGUAGCUUCUGAAGACUCUGGACUCUCAACAUGCACAGUUGGUCUUUGGAUUGAUGCUGGAAGCAGGUAUGAAAAUGAGAAAAACAAUGGAACUGCUCACUUUCUUGAGCAUAUGGCUUUCAAGGGAACGAAAAAGAGAUCUCAGUUAGACCUUGAACUAGAGAUUGAGAACAUGGGGGCUCAUCUGAACGCAUACACGUCCAGGGAACAAACUGUGUAUUAUGCAAAAGCUUUUUCGAAAGAUUUACCAAGAGCUGUGGAAAUUCUUGCUGACAUAAUUCAGAACAGUACCCUGGGAGAGGCAGAGAUUGAGCGUGAGCGAGGAGUUAUACUUCGAGAGAUGCAAGAGGUUGAAACCAAUUUGCAAGAAGUUGUCUUUGAUUACCUUCAUGCCACAGCCUACCAGAAUACAGCCCUAGGACGGACAAUUUUAGGACCCACUGAAAAUAUCAAAUCCAUAAAUCGUAAUGACUUGGUGGAGUACAUAACAACACAUUACAAAGGACCCAGAAUGGUCUUGGCUGCUGCUGGAGGGGUCUCUCAUGAUGAACUACUUGACCUGGCGAAGUGCCAUUUUGGUAACUUGCCAUCUGCUCCAGAAGGAGGACUGCCACCUCUGCCGCCUUGUAGCUUCACAGGUAGUGAGAUUCGGAUAAGGGAUGACAAGAUGCCCCUGGCACACCUGGCCAUAGCUGUCGAAGCAGCUGGCUGGUCAGACCCUGAUACAAUCCCACUCAUGGUAGCCAAUACUCUGAUAGGUAACUGGGAUCGGUCCUUUGGAGGAGGAGUGCAGAAUUUGUCCAGUAAACUUGCCCAGAUUGCCUGCCAUGGUAACCUGUGUCACAGUUUCCAGUCCUUCAACACCUGCUACACUGACACAGGGCUGUGGGGACUCUAUGUGGUCUGUGAGCCAUCCACUAUUCAGGACAUGGUGCACUUUGUUCAGAGAGAAUGGAUAAGACUUUGCACAAGUGUUACAGAAAAUGAAGUAGCUCGAGCAAAAAAUCUUCUUAAGACUAAUAUGCUGCUACAACUUGAUGGGUCCACACCAAUCUGUGAAGACAUUGGAAGACAAAUGCUGUGUUACAAGCGCCGAAUCCCAAUUCCAGAACUGGAGGCAAGAAUUGAAGCUAUUGAUGCCCAGACUAUUAGAGAAAUCUGCACGAAGUACAUCUAUGAUAAGCAUCCUGCAGUUGCUGCCGUGGGUCCAAUUGAACAACUUCCAGAGUAUAGCAAAAUCUGCAGUGGCAUGUAUUGGCUUCGUGAGUAGUAAAUAACAAGAACUUCCAGCAUAGUUUAGCUUUAAAAAAAGCAAAAAAACAACCAAGACCACCCAACAAACCAACUAUACCCCUGUUUAAAUCUUUGGAGGUGCUUUUGAGAAGAUCAAAACUGAGAACCAGCCCCUCCUGUGUGUGUGUGUGUGUAUAAUGAAGAAAGGAAUGGAAACAUGUACAGUAUUUGCAUUUUUAUUAUAAAACAAGGAUUGUCAGUAAGCGUCAUUUCUUGACUUUAGUAGCAUUCAUCACUUGUUCUUGAGCAGCUUUCUUUGCCUUGACCAUUUCAACGAGUUCCUGAAGAGAAGGUGGGGAAAAAGAAAACUAAACAUUUAACUUGUGAACAAUGCUGUGGUUUUGAACACUACAUAUAUUUACUGUGAAACAUUCUAGUUCUCAACAUAAUGAGAAAUCUACAAAGUUUAAUAUUGUAGAGCAAUUUCUCAUAGAAACCAAUCAGUUGAUGAAAGGUCAAUGCUCGUGUACCAGGAACUUUACCUACAGGCGGCUAGGGACAGGACUUCACCAUCUGCAAGAGCCUGCUGUCAAAUUAUAACACAAAUUUCCUGAGACAGACUUUCCUUCCCAGCUUCCAGAGCCAGUACUUUCACUGAGGAACAUUUAGUCCUUACUGCUCUUUUGGGGUUGAGUUACAAAAAAUAAAAAGUUUUCCACAAGGGUCCAUAA